CCGCGGCGCCGCGCUGCGCGCGCACCGGGGGCGGGGCCUGGCGCGGGGGGGGGGGGGAGCGGCGUGCGCCCCCGGCCGUUAGGAAGAUGGCGGCGGCUGCGGGAGCGUGGCUGAGGAGCGGUGCGAAGCUGAAAAGAAAUAUGCCAGCAUACUUUGCUUCUUGGAAGGCUUCUCCGUGUGUCUUCAGAUCCUCCAAAUCGGGACUUAUGCCAAAUCUAGCCAGUGACGGAGUUGUCUGUGCUCCACUUCAAACAUUCACUGAAGAGGAGACAAUGCUGAAAAAUAUGGUGAAAAAAUUUGCUCAGGAACGAGUUGCACCUUUGGUGCAAAAAAUGGAUGAGAAUUCAAAAAUGGAAGAAUCUGUAAUAAAGGGAUUGUUUGAACAAGGGCUGAUGAGUAUUGAGCUUGGGGAAGAAUAUGGAGGAACUGGAGCUUCAUUUUUUUCAACCAUAUUGGUAGUAGAAGAACUGGCCAAAGUUGAUCCAGCUGUGGCUCUUCUAUGUGAGCUGCAAAAUACACUAACCAAUAAGUUGUUUACCAUAUAUGGAACAGAAGAACAAAAGAGAACUUACUUGCCCAGAGUGGCCGAAGAUAUGAUAGGCAGUUUCUGUCUUUCGGAGGCUGGAUCUGGCAGUGAUGCAUUUUCUUUGAAAACUCGGGCUGAAAAGAAAGGAGACUACUAUAUCAUCAACGGCUCAAAGAUGUGGAUUAGCUUUGCAGAACACGCAGGAGUUUUCUUCGUAAUGGCAAAUACAGAUCCUGCUUUGGGAUACAAGGGAAUUACAUGUUUCGUGGUAGAUCGCAACACAGAAGGACUACAGGUAGGGAAGAAGGAGGAUAAGCUUGGAAUUAGAGCAUCCUCUACCUGCCCAGUAACGUUUGAAAAUGUUAAGGUUCCUGAGACCAGUAUUCUGGGACAGGUUGGGCAAGGCUAUAAGUAUGCAAUUGGAAUGCUAAAUGGUGGCAGAAUAGGUAUUGCUGCACAGAUGUUAGGAUUGGCACAGGGUUGUUUUGACCAUACGAUUCCCUAUACAAAGGAGAGAGUCCAGUUUGGGAAAAGCGUAUUUGAUUUCCAGGGGAUGCAACAUCAGAUAGCUCACGUGGCCACACAAUUGGAAGCUGCAAGGUUGCUGACCUACAAUGCGGCUCGGCUUGCAGCAGCGGGAAGGCCAUUCAUAAAGGAGGCAAGCAUGGCCAAAUACUAUGCCGCUGAGGUUGCAACACUGACAACUAGUAAAUGUAUUGAAUGGAUGGGUGGAGUUGGAUUCACAAAAGAUUAUCCAAUUGAAAAAUAUUAUCGUGAUUGCAAGAUAGGUACAAUAUAUGAAGGAACUUCAAAUAUCCAGUUGAGCACCAUUGCAAAAAGCUUAGCACAGGAGUACUGAAACCAUAAGGACUUCUUGACUGUUACAGAAAUUAUUCCACUGAACAUUAAUCAUGAAUUGUACAUAUACCUGUAAUUAUAAAAUCAUAAAAGGCAUAAAACAAAAAUACAUUGUCAUUGAAAUCAUAAGGGAAACCUUGAAUUCCCAUUUCAUGAUAGAGAAUGUGUAAUUCAUGUGAAAUCAUGAAUUCAAUAUUCAAUUCCAAAUCAGGCUAAAAAUAGUAAUUGCAGAUCUUUCUGCCUGAGAACCUUCUAAUAUAGUACAUUGAUUUAAAUUCUAUAUUAGCUGAGAUUAUACAGUGUGUAUCAAUUUUGAGGUUUUAGAGCAAAAACAAAAGAAGCAAAUUUUUGCCUGAUGUAAAAGAAUGUGUUAAGCUGCCUGGGAGAAAAGAAGAUUCUCCAAGUGUAGUGGAAUUGUUGCAUGGGGUAGAGCUGCUGUUUGUUCUUGAUGCCCUGUAUUAGCAAGGGGCACAGGAGAGGUGUGUGGAAACAGAUAGAAGUGAUGGUUUCCUCUCUCCCUGGCUGAGUGAUUCCUAUGGAGCUGCUGUAAUUGGGGUAAUUUUUACAGCAGCCCUUAGUGUAUUCUUAAGUACAUCUUGGUAAUUAAGCCCUUCCAGCUCCAAUUUGUAGUAGUGAAUGUUAGAUAAUACCUACCUCCCUUUCCAGCCUUCUUCAGCUGUUAAGGGUUUUAAUCUAAGGGGCUAUUUACAGUUCUCUUUUUAUAAAAGAUUGAGUUGAAAUCUCUGUGAAAUGGGGUUAAAAAAGACCUAGUAGUUUUGCAAAAAGACAAAGAUAUAAGGUAGGUGAUAGGAGUUCUGUAAUACCACCUCACGGUAGCUUUUCCGUGUUCAAUGCAUCUUGCAUACUUUGAUCCUCAGAGCUUUCCUGAGAGUGAGUUAAAUUUUUAGCCGAGAAAACUCUCUGAUGGAAGUCAGUAGUUCUCUACAGAGAGAGCAAAGUGUUUCUCCAGUGGAGAUAUCUUCCCUCCUUUUGAGAAGAAAAAAGGAGAAUUUUUAAUAUAUAUAUAUAUGUGUGUGUGUGUGUGUAUACACACAUAUAUGUGCACACACACAUUAAAAAAUACAUUUUUUCCGGAAGUAUUUGCUUUUUGUCCCUCUCUGCUUGCUUUACAAGUAUUUUGUUUACGAAAGAAGUUUCCUCAGUGUUGGAGAGCUAGUAAACUAAGAAUCAAGAGACUGAAAACUUAGUAUCUGAAAAAUUAUUGCUGAUAGUGAGAAUUUGUUCAAGUGUUUUGGGGAGAGAAGAGUUGGGUUUUGGCCAAGUCAGAAGAAUCUCAUUUUUAAAGCUUGCUAAUCACUGAUGCUUCACUUUGAAUGGAGCUUAGACUGUUAGUCUGAAGCUCCCAAAAGAUUUCCUAGUUAAGCUAGGGAAAAUAAGAUUUAAGAAGUAUGAUGUGUAUUGGGUGAAACAAGCAGACUGCAGUGCAAGGUAUUCUACAAAGAAAUAAGCAAGGAGGGACAGCACCAUUAAAGUUGUAAAUUGUUUUCUAACUUGCUCUCAGCCUCAAAGGGAAGUAACUACUUUAGUGAAUGACUCUCCCUCCACAUACACUUUGCCUGUUGAUAGGCAAAGGAUUAGUGUUGUAGUUAUCCUUAUGCCAAAGAAACAAGCACCUUCUGUGUUUGUUUGAUCAAUAACUUUGAGAUUUUCAAAAAUACAGGAGUAGGAAGGUGGACUAGAUGAUUUCUGAAGGUUUCUUCUAGCUAUAUUAUUAAAAAUACAUCUUAGAUUGCUUGUAGGCUCUCUUCCAGCUGAACCCAGCUGCUGAGAAUUUUGUUAGACUAGAAUGGAGACUGCAUUCGCUGCAACAGCUAACUACAAUUAUUCUACUCAGCGUACUCUACCUAAGAGCCUAAAACGAGCACAACUAAGCUACAAAAUGCUUGUUAUAUUGGAGAGUAUGGUGAGUUGUGCUAAUGUGAGAGACAGUCCUUAGCUACAGUUUAGCCUGCUUUGGUAACAUGAGUGUCAAUAGAGAUCAGGUUUUUGAUUCAUACUGUUUAAUAGGCCUCCUAGUUUGAGAUACUAUCUUAACCUGGCAUCUGGAGUUUUGCACGAGUCUAGGAAUUAAGUGACAAUACUUACCUGAAUUAACAUGGCGCUAAAAGCAAACCUGUUAUACAUCAGUUUUUAUGGAGAGAAGUGCUGAGCUCUCUGAAGGACUGCUAAAAGCUGUCCAGCCAGGAUUAUAUAAAAGGGCUGUCUCUUUGUCAGGGAUGUAUUUUUAAAAAAUAAUCAGGACAAAUCAAAAUAGUGUGAUUUUCUGCAAUCAUGACUUGCAUGCUAUGCUCCAGGAAACCACCCGAACAGCCUUGUCAACUAAUCAACAGUUCAUUUUAGAAAAGCAAGGCCAAUCCUUUAGUUAAUUUUAUAGCUGUAGAUAUUUUUUGUCACUUGGUUACAUAUGCUAUAUUCUGUAAGUGCACAAUACCUUCUAAAAGAAAUGCAUGCGUUUUGUUUGGUGUUUGUCUACAAACUUCUGUGGAGAAAUAUGCAUGUAUGAAUUGUAACCACUGACUUUCUUGCAAGACUUCACUUACGUUUUAAAGGGGUAUGUACCGCUGUCUAGCAUUAGCCGUUCUGGUCACUGGCUGACUCUGGGAAGGUUUGGCUUGCUUAACCUGCCUAAGAUGGAGUCCACUGCCACAGUAAUACAGACAUUGGUUUAGUAAUAAGGUGUGCUGGGCAUUUGUGUAAGAGCUGUUAAGCACUGCCUGCACUCCCAAUGCAGGUUGGGAAAAGCAUCAUGGAUUGUGAUAAAUCACACUUCUACAUUUGGCACUGUUGGGCUUAGGACUGUUCAUGGUGGUUGCUACAGCAGUGAUUCUAGGGAUGCAGCGGUGGUAUUGUGAAUGUUACAAAGCUUUUGGUGAUGAAGGUAGGACUUAAAUCUACUUUAUGCAUACACUUUAUUUAUGUUAGUGAGUUUUCCCUUUUUAUGCCUCAGUCAACCCAGUCAAUCUAAUCUACUGCACUGGAACAUCUUUAGUAAUAGAAUAUUACAUCUAGGCUUUUCUGGAUAGAAAAAAAAAGACAUAUAUUGAGGAUGUAUAAAAAAGUGCCUGAAUUUGGUAUUUGGCUAAAUGCAAUGCUAGUACUGUGUAUCAGCUAAAGGUUUUCUAAUGAUCUGUCUUUUUAAAUCACAUCCCAAAUUUUGUGCUUUUUUUUUUUUCAAAUGGGACAGAAUGAGCAGAAUUUUUUUUAUUUUUUUUAGUACUGUUCUGGUUCAUGAUAAAGCUCUGAGGCAGAUUGGCACAGAAGGGUUUAAUUACUGCAUGGAAAAUAUUCAGAUAGAGCAUUUUAUAUGAUGUUUUCUGUGCUGUCGUUCUUUUUUUUCCCAUAUCAAGAUUAUGUUAGAAAAGCAGUAUGUGAAACAUAAAGCGUAUAAGCUAUUUAGAGGUACUGAUGCAAAGUUUUCAGCUUAGACAAGAAUAUUGAGGGAGCUUUGGGUUGGCCUUGUGGUCACCAUUGCAAUCAUCAAUACUGAAAAAUAACUCAGAUGCAUGAUUUAGUGCAUUUCAAAUAACUAGAGAGAAUUUUUUGUUGUCCAACGGGUAGAGCAAAAGACCAGUAGGAUGAAAUUAAGAAAAAUAUAAAUUAGUUGGAUAUGAUGAAAAACUUAAUGAGUCAUUUUCAUUAGAUGGUGGAAUGAUCUAAUUAAGUCGAGAGCAUUAUUAUUUGAGUACUACACUAGAAUAGAGGAAGUACUUAAGAAAGUACUACAGGGACCCAUUCUUCCUUUGAAAGGGAGAGGAGCUGCUUAUGUGCUAAAUUAGAAGGUUCAUAGGAGAACAAAGUUUUACAUUUUUCCAUCUAUUUUCCAGAGAUUUACAGAAAAAUAUUUGCUCUUUGUGAGCCUUUUACUAUUUAAAAAAUUUUCCAAUUAACGUAUAAUUACCUUUCCAUUUGGAAAUCUUUUGGUGAGAGACCCAUUUCAAGUUCUUCAUACCAAGAGAACCUAGAUUUGAAAUGCAGUCUGGUUCUAAAGAAGCUGUCUGACUUUGAGAUUGUUGAUUGAAUAUGUGAGAACUGAGGAAACAUUUCUCCUUCACCCCAGAAUGUAUUUACUGCACCAACGUGAUAAAUCUUCUUAUAGGAGAGUUGCAUGAAAGUGGUUAACAGCUACCACAAAUACUUCAUAAAUACUUACCUGUCAUGUUAUCUCUGUACAAAGUAUUGGAGGAGGCACAGAUCAAAUGAGAGCUGAAGGGGAGAUGAAUAUGUAUUGUAUGAUUCCCAAGGAAUUCUCACACAAUUUCUAACUUGUUCUGUAAAUACUGUAGUUGCAGAGUUGAAAUACUGUAGUUGCAGAGUGUUUUCCAAAGAGUUGUCCUCCUGUCUGAGAUGUAACUCUAGAUCUAGGUGAAGUGGAAUGGCUGGAAGUCUUAACUGUUCUGCAUUUGGCUGCCUAGAGCUAAGUAACAUGGUUGACUAUGCACAGGAUGAGCAGGAAGCAAUUACAUUCUCGGUUUGCUUCUAACCAUUCUUUCUGAGUCUGUUUUGAAACCACACACAGUCAAACAUCAAUGCAUAGUUAAUCCAAAGUCCUAGGCUAACAAAUAAGAAUUACAAAAAUAUGCCAGUUUUAAAAUCAGUCACUAUAAUUAACAAAGUCCAGCUUAGCAGCAUUGAGGGUGGUUUCUCAUCUGACACUAGAAACAUUAUUAAGCUGCUUUGAAAUCUUGGCAUUGAUUAUCUUCUAAAAAUACUCUAUUCAUGUGUAAUAUCUCUGCAACACAUUAUGUUACUAGAACUAGCCACUGUUUCCUAAUGGCAUAUUUCAUAAAUCGGAAUGUUCAAAUAUUGACUGAUCGUUGGCAUGUUAAAGUUCUAAAGAAUGUGCACUAUCCAAUUUUUUUUCUAGCAAAAAAAAAUCUUACAAAGUAUUUUUAAAUAGAGAUGAAGAUGUAAAGUCUCAACAGGCAGCAAUAGCAUUCUUAUAUAUUAUUCUCUUUUUCAGGAUCAUACGGAUUUAUAUCUUUCUGAAACUGUUCUUCCUCUAAGUGUCUUAUUAGCUACAUUGAUACUAAUACUAGAGGACUAUGCACAUAAAGAAAUCUCAGUGAAUUCCCUAAAUACCUAGACUAAAAACAAGCCCUCCCUCCCAAACAGAAAACAGUAUCCUAAUAGCCAGGUAACCAGUGGUUUCAGAAGAAAGUCUGCUUACAAUCUGAUUGAAAUGUGACACAAGCCAUUGUCACAAUUUGACAGUUUUAAAAACAUCUGUUAUAAAUCAACAGAUAAGGCAGAGCUGGACUGCUUUUGAUAUGUUUAACAAAAAAGAUAUGUCAACUUUCAGAUAUUAGCAGGACUUAAAAUUAGCUUAGCUUCAUCUGUAAGAUGUCUAGAGGGUCAUAAUGGGAAAGUGCUCAUUGGUGUAAAGAGUUAAAAUGCUUUUUUAGGGCCAAAUGCAAGCUGGCAGAUCAAGAAAUAUCUUAAAUUUUUGCAGCUACAGUACAACCUCUUUUUCCUGAUGUAAAUAGGACAGAGGGAAGAGAUGAGCUGCAAUAUGAUCAAUUCAUGUUUGAUUUGUAUCCUAUGUCUCUCUGGGCUGAAUAAGUUUGGUUGUUUUGGUUUUGAAAAAGUUUGCAGUUUGAAGCCUGCAGCAGAGCUCUGGCUGAGUCUCUGCUUCAUAGGAAACAAGAAGCUCUGAUACAUACAUCCAGAGCUGCUGUUUUUCUGGUUGAGGGGUUGUCUCCUGCCUUUUCGUGUGAAGGCUCAGCUAAGGAUUUUGAAUAAUGAAUGAUCCAGCAGAUCAGCAGAAUAAUCUGCAGAUCAUUUUCUUCAAGUUAAGUUUGCUGUAAGCUUCUUAAAUAGUUCUGGCCUGAAUUGUUUUCCUGGGCAUACUGCAAGAUUUUGCUAUUUGCCAAACCUUUCCUAAAGAUGUGAACUACAUGCAAAGUGUUGAUUUUUUUUUCCAGUGUAACUACAGCAAUCAUUCAGUUUUAUUUUUGAUAUUGAGUCUGUCAGAUUUUAAAAACCCAAAGACAUGAAGAUGUUACAUUUUAAAAAGACAUGAGCUAGGUUCCUCAGGACAUUUUUUUUUUCCCUUGUAGGGACACGGGAAAAAGUGGAGUGUGAAAGAUUAAGAGUACUAAAGGUUGCACAGGUUAUUUGUGCUAAAAAUGUUAGUUGGAGGAACUUCGUUUAUGAAAUAACUGUAUCCUACAUCCAAUAUAGCAGAGGCUAAGGUAGAAAAAGCUAACUUUAAAAUUACAUAAAGGUUCUAAUGCUUUUGCGUUGCAUCUAAUACAGAAGCUUUGUUAUCUCUGUCAAACUGACAAGAUAAGAAUUGGAGCAAUUCAGAAAUUAAGGUUCUAGAAAUCUAGUUAAAUACUGAAAAGCUCCAUAGAACAUGUUAAUUCAGCUGUUGAAUACGUAGUUGAUACCUGACAAGUGCUUUUGGGUAGAAAAGCUGAUGCUGUUCGUUUUAGGAAGGAAAAUGUUAAACAUUCUGUUCCUGAGAUGGAAGAUGUUUACACACCAAAAGCAGCAUUUUCUCCAAUUGUUCCAGUAAGAAUUGAAGCAAAGCACUUUUUCAUCUCAGGUACUUUUUGAACUUUGAAAAUAUUUUAUGAUUCCCUAUUAUGUACUAGAAGAUGGUUAUGAGAUAUGAAGGCUGUACUUAUGUUCAUAUUCUUGUUUUCCCCAUGUUCAGAGACAAAUUCCUUAUGUUCUAUUAUAUGAUUUUUAUCAAACACAAACUAUGUUAUGUUCACUUCUUAAAUUGCAAAUUACUUUGUUUUUCUUUAUUUUCUUUUAAAGCUUAUCUGGACAAACAAUUAUCACAGUUUAAUCCAGGCAAUGUCAAUGAUUGAUUCAUAUACCAGGUUGUUUUGCUUGUUGCUUAAAUAAUAAAAGCUAGAUUAAGCAAA